AUGCUUCGAUCUCCAUUCCUCCGUUCUUCAAUCGCUCAAGAUUUCGACACGAACAAUAACAACAACAUGACAAAUUUACGAAAGAAAAUACUUACGACGAUGAAUUUUAGGUUUUGGAAAUACUUGCUAAUAAAUUGGUGCAUGUGGACUGGUAGCGGUGCUAAAGCAAGCUUAAAUAGCUCCACGUCAUUUGAAACAACCAGUGACUCAAGUACUUAUCCAUAA